UGUCCGGGUCACUGAUGGACGCUUUGUGCGGUUCGGGCGGUGAUAACGGCUCCAGGUUUUGGGACCAUCAGCUGGCUGUACACCCGGUCACGCCUGACCUCACGGCUUGCUUUCAGGACACGGUGCUGGUCUGGAUCCCGUGUGUGUAUCUCUGGGCCGUCUUCCCGCUUUACUAUGUGUAUCUGCGGUUCAACAACAAGGGUUACAUCAGGGUCACCAUCCUCAACAGGGUUAAAACGGUGCUGGGGCUGUUGCUGUGGAUGACCUGCUGGUCUAACCUGUUUUACUCCUUCGAUGAAUUGAUCAAUGGCAUCGUCCGCGCCCCCUCCUACUUCAUCAGCCCCUUACUGCUGGGCGUCACCAUGUUGCUGGCUGUGGGGCUGAUCCAAUACGAGCGGUUGCGGGGGGUCCGUUCCUCCGGGCUCCUCUUCAUCUUCUGGCUGAUCGCACUGCUCUGUGGCAUCGUCACUGCCCGCUCUCGGCUCCUGCAGGCCCUCGACAAGGGGGGAGUGAGUGACAGGUUCCGCUUCGCCACGUUCUAUGUGUAUUUUGCACUUCUCCUGGUGCAGCUCAUCUUGUCCAGCUUCAGUGAGCCUCCCCCGCUCUUCUCCAAGCUUGUUACUGAUCCGAAUCCAUGUCCCGAGGACAGCGCAGGAUUCCUGUCUAAGAUUACGUUCUGGUGGUUUACAGGGCUAGCCAGGCUGGGGUACCGGCGGCCACUGGAGGACAAGGAUCUCUGGUCUCUCAGCACAGACGAUACCUCGGAGGUGAUUGUCCCGCGGCUGCUAAAGGAAUGGGAACAGGAAAUCGCCAACGCAGAGAGGGCUAGGAGCUGCCUGGACAUGCCGGCCGGAGCCGCCCGGGAAGGUGAGGAGCUGCUGAGUGAGGGGCCAGGGGGGCCAGAGCCCUCGCUGCUGCGGGCCCUGUGCAAGACCUUUGGGCCAUAUUUCCUCAUCGGCUCUGCUUUCAAACUGUGCCAGGAUCUUCUGACCUUCGUCAACCCCCAGCUGCUGAGUAAACUCCUGCAGUUUGUGAAGCAGAAGGCCUCGCCAGUGUGGUGGGGGUACAUGAUCGCGGUGCUCAUGUUCUUCUCGGCUGUGCUGCAGACCCUCAUCCUCCACCAGCAUUUCCAGUACUGCUUCAUCACCGGCAUGAGACUGCGCUCAGCCAUCAUUGGUGCCAUCUACCGCAAGUCGCUGGUGAUCACGAACGCAGCGAAGCGUGCCUCCACGGUGGGGGAGAUUGUGAACCUGAUGUCGGUGGACGCUCAGCGGUUUAUGGACCUGACCACUUUCCUCAACAUGCUGUGGUCGGCCCCGCUCCAGAUCUGCCUCGCUCUCUACUUCCUCUGGCAGAGCCUGGGACCCUCAGUGCUCGCUGGUGUUGCUGUGAUGAUUUUACUCAUUCCCAUCAACGCUUUCAUCGCCAUGAAAACCAGGAGUUUCCAGGUCGAGCAGAUGGGUUACAAGGAUUCUCGUAUUAAGCUGAUGAAUGAGAUCCUGAAUGGUAUUAAGGUGCUGAAGCUGUAUGCCUGGGAGCCGUCCUUCCAGCAGCAGAUUCUGAGUAUCCGCAACAAGGAGCUGCGGGUGUUGAAGAAAGCGGCCUAUCUGAACGCUCUGUCCACCUUCGCCUGGUCGAGCGCUCCCUUCCUUGUUGCCUUGACGACCUUCAGUGUAUACGUGACUGUUGACGAGAAUAACGUGUUGGAUGCUCAGAAAGCCUUUGUGUCGCUUGCUCUCUUCAACGUCCUGCGUUUCCCCCUCAACAUGUUACCCCAGGUCAUCAGCAGCAUCGUGCAGGCCAGCGUCUCCCUCAAACGGUUGCAGAAAUUCCUGAGCCACGAUGAGCUGGACCCGAAGAGCGUGAACCGAGAGAAGAGCGAGUCUGGUUAUUGUAUCUCUGUGUUGGGCGGGAGCUUCUGUUGGACCCGUGGGGACCCGGCUGUGCUGCACAACAUUGACCUUGUGGCUCCGGAGGGUGCUCUGGUGGCGGUGGUCGGCCAUGUUGGUUGUGGUAAAUCAUCGCUGGUGUCAGCACUGCUGGGGGAGAUGGAGCGGCUGGAGGGGUCGGUGUCGGUCCAGGGCUCGGUGGCCUAUGUGCCGCAGCAAGCCUGGGUGCAGAAUGCUACACUGAGGGAGAACAUUGUGUUCGGACAGCCACACAUUGAGCACAAAUACCAGUUGACGCUACAGGCCUGCGCCCUGCUCCCCGACCUGACCGUGCUGCCCGGCGGGGACAACACUGAGAUAGGCGAGAAGGGGAUCAACCUGUCAGGGGGACAGAAGCAGCGAGUGAGCCUGGCGCGGGCCUUGUACAGCGACUCUGACGUUUACCUGCUGGAUGAUCCGCUCUCAGCCGUCGAUGCUCACGUAGCAAAGCACAUCUUCGACCAAGUGAUUGGCCCAGAGGGAGCUUUAAAGGGGAAGACACGGGUGCUGGUGACACACGGUGUGAGCUUCCUGCCGCAGGUUGACCAUAUUGUGGUGCUGGUGGACGGGCGGGUCAGUGAGCAGGGCUCCUACCAGCAGCUACUGGAGCGUCAGGGGGCCUUCGCCGAGUUCCUGCACACCUAUGCCCAGAGCGAGGAGCCCAACGAGGAACUGGCCGACCUGGAGGAGGAGGAGGAAUUCUUGCCCGAGGAGUUGCUCGGUAACCAUGACGACCUGAACGACGAGCAGCCUAUGUCUGCGGAUGCCAGGAAACACUUCCUGAGACAGGUCAGUGUGCACUCAAUGGAGAUGGAGCCCCCUGGCCGCAAGUCCACUCGCCGACGCCGCAGCCAGAAGAAGGUGGAGCCAGCAAAGCCUCCCGGCCCUACCCAAAAACUCAUCCAGGCCGAGACCACUGAGACAGGCACGGUGAAGCUGGCAGUGUUCUGGGUGUAUGUGAAGGCUGUGGGUCCCUGGGUGGCUGUGGUGAUCUGCCUGCUGUACUGCUGUCAGAAUGCAGCUGCCAUCGGCACCAACAUCUGGCUCAGCGACUGGACCAACGAUGCAACGCAAUCAACCAACACCACGCGCUCCAGGCACAGGCGUGUAGGCGUCUACGCUGCCCUCGGCCUCACGCAAGGGGUGCUAGUGAUGAUCUCGUCGUUCACGCUGACCCUGGGGGGCAUCGUGGCUGCGCGGUUGCUGCACAGCCGCCUGCUGCACAACCAGCUGCACACACCACAGGCCUUCUUCGACACCACACCCACCGGUCGCAUCAUCAACCGCUUCUCCAAGGACGUCAAUGUGAUUGACGAGGUCAUUCCCUCCACUUUCCUCAUGUUCCUGGCCACAUUCUUCACCUCCAUCUCCACCAUGAUUGUUAUCGUCUGCAGCACACCCUGGUUUGCCCUCGUCAUCGGGCCCCUCGCUGUGGUGUACUUCCUGGUGCAGCGUUUCUACGUGGCCACCUCGCGGCAAUUGAAGCGGUUGGAGUCUGUCAGCCGCUCCCCGGUUUACUCCCAUUUCUCGGAGACCAUCAGCGGCUCCAGUGUGGUGCGGGCCUACGGCCGCGGUGCCAGCUUCAUCCACAUGAGCGACGUCAAGGUCGACACCAACCAGAAGAGCUACUUCCCCGGCAUCGUUGCUAACAGGUGGCUGGGGAUCAGGAUUGAGUUUAUCGGGAACUGUAUUGUGCUGUUUGCGGCGCUUUUUGCAGUGAUUGGGCGCGACCACCUGAAGCCUGGUAUCGUGGGCCUGUCCGUGUCGUACGCUCUGCAGGUCACCAUGUCUUUGAAUUGGAUGGUACGGAUGACCUCUGACCUGGAGUCAAACAUCGUGGCCGUGGAACGAAUCAAAGAAUAUUCAGAGACUGUUAAUGAGGCUCCCUGGGUGAUUGAUGACAAGCGCCCAGACCCGGACUGGCCACAGACGGGGAGCGUUGAGUUCCGUGGUUACAGUGUGCGUUACCGGGAGGGGCUGGACCUGGUGCUGCGGGAUCUGCACCUCACCAUCGACGGCGGAGAGAAGAUCGGGAUUGUUGGGAGAACCGGAGCUGGGAAAUCCUCCAUGACUCUCUGUCUCUUCCGAAUCCUGGAGGCAGCUGAGGGUGAGAUCACUGUUGAUGGCGUCAGGAUCGCGGAGAUGGGACUACACGAUCUGCGCUCCAAACUGACCAUCAUCCCUCAGGACCCGGUGCUGUUCUCUGGGACGCUGCGGAUGAACCUUGACCCCUUUGACCACCACUGUGAGGAGGACCUCUGGCGGGUGCUUGAGCUGUCCCACCUGAAGCGGUUUGUGAGCAACCAGGCCGCAGGGCUGCUGCUCCAGUGCUCCGAAGGCGGCGAGAACCUCAGUGUGGGGCAGAGGCAGCUGGUGUGCCUGGCCAGGGCUCUCUUGAGAAAAACCCGCAUCCUGGUCUUGGAUGAGGCGACGGCCGCCGUGGAUCUAGAGACAGACGACCUGAUUCAGUCGACUAUUAGGACGCAGUUUAAAGACUCCACCGUCCUGACCAUCGCACAUCGCCUCAACACCAUCAUGGACUACACCAGGGUGCUGGUGCUGGACAAAGGGAGAAUUGCAGAGUUUGACACUCCAGCGAAUCUCAUUGCUCAGAGAGGCGUAUUUUAUAGCAUGGCCAAAGAUGCAGGUUUGGCCUAACUGGCUGCUCAUGCACUCCACUGCCUCAGUCUUGCUGGAGCUGCUGUGCGCAGAUGUCAAUCAAGGUUGUUGCCGUUUGGGUGAGCGAAGUGAAUUUCUCAGAGAUUGCACUCGACAAACCUCAGGUGCCUUCCAGUCUGUCCGCCUGGCAGUAUAUAGUUACUGAUAGCAAUUUCUCUAUUUUUGUACUCAAUGUAUUUAUCCCACUUUAAAAUACAAGACUGUUUAUUUGAAUGAUUAAAUAUAAAUUUACAGACUGAAUGAGCAGCUCUGUCCUGCAUUCAUCCUGAGUUCAAUAAAGCUGAGAGUGCCUCAGGCAUCAA